ACCAGGAGGGUGGAGGCAGUCCCAGUCUGCAGGGGACAGGGAGCACUGCCCACAAUCUUCUUCUCCUGCUGCUGAGCCCUGGAACACUCAGCCUGAACAAGUGGCCCCUCCUUAACUGCAUCUUCUCAGCCUCCCCCGCCUGCUCAGCGAGCCGCCUCCACAGCACAGACCAGGCAGGGUCCCCUCACUGUGCCACUUCGCCUUCCUGAGAGAGGACCAGCCCACCAGAGCCAGCUGACGAGGAGGACAGAGCCCAACAGCCGCUCCUGAAGAGAAUGGAAGGGUUCCAGAAGAGCGGAUAUGGAUCUAUGGCUGAAGGUGGAGUGAAAGAUAACCAUUCUGCAGCAUCGCCCUCAUUGAGGAUCCUCCUGGUGGGCAAAACAGGCAGUGGGAAAAGUGCCACCGGGAACAGCAUCCUUGGCCAGCCAGUGUUUGAGUCCAAGACAAAGGCCCAGGCUGUGACCAGGAGAUGCCAGGGGGAGACAGGCAUGUGGGGUGGGAGGAACAUCCUGGUGGUCGACACGCCCUCCAUGUUUGAGUCAAAGGCCCAGACCCAAGAGAUGUACAAGGACAUCGGGGACUGCUACCUGCUCUCCGCCCCAGGGCCCCACGUGGUGCUCUUGGUUACCCAGCUGGGGCGUUUCACGGCCCAGGAUGUGGCAGUGGUGAGGAGGGUGAAGGAGGUCUUUGGGGUAGGGGUCAUGAGACACAUGGUCAUCCUCUUCACCCACAAGGAAGACCUAGUGGGCGAGUCCUUGGGUGAGUAUGUGGUGAACACGGACAACCAGAGCCUGAAGGGCCUGGUGCAGGAGUGCGGGAGGAGGUGCUGCGCCUUCAACAACCGGGCGGAUGGGGAGCAGCGUCGGGAACAGUUGGCGACGCUCAUGGCCGUGGUCGAGAGGCUGGACAGGGAGCACGAGGGCGGCUUCUACAGCAACGACCUCUUCCUGGAGGCCCAGCAGCUGCAGCGACGCGGGGCCUGUGAGGAGGACUCCAGGCUGUACCUGGCCAAGGUGAGGGGACAGCUGCACAAGCAGGAGCGAGUGCUGAAGGAGACGGACAGGCCCUGGGUGGUCAGGGCGCUCCUCAGACUCCGAGACUACAUGGCCUCUCACAUCAUAAUGUCUGCCUCUCUUAUUAUCUGUGCUUUGAUUCUUCUUGCUGUUUUAAUUAACUCGUGUAUGACUUAUGGGCAAUAAGCAUUUUCAGGUGAUUUCUACGGCCAGCUUUGAUUAUCCAGAGCCACCGUCUCUGUGUAGUGUGCAGGGCACUGUGCAUGUCACGUAAUUUCACUCUGAUUUUCUUCCUUGCAUCAGAUAUGUCAUCCGUUUUCCUGCAAGCACUUUUAUGUGAAU